CACUACAACAGUCAGACGUUUAGGAACUUCCCAAAAAUCGACGACCUAUUACAUUUCUAUGUACAUUAUACCAACUCGUAUCACAUGCUGCUUCGGACUCGGUGACGCGUGCGUUUGUUAUACAAGAGUUAAACGUAUGUAAUGUACAUACAUGUAAUGUAUAUGCUCUCAAUACCUAGUAACGACCUUUUUUCUCCGAUUUUUUAGUUUUUUUUGUUCAUUUAAAAAAAAAAAACCUAUGUAACUCGUGAACUCGUGUAUUGAUUAUUGACUCUUUUUUUUUCCCCUUUAAUAAUAUUGUGGUGUUUUUGUUGACUUUUUUUUUCAUCUACUGAACGCGAAUAUAAGGGCAAAUAAAAAAGUUUUUUCCAUCGAUCGAUUAACCGACGGAUUUCUCGAUUAUACCGGUGAAAUAUGGACAGGAAGGAAAAAUUCGUCAUACAGCUGAAUAAUUCGGCGACAGAUGGGACAAUUAAAAAUAAACUUUCAUCGGAGUCUCCUCCACAACGUAACCUUACGCAUUACACAUCAGAUCUCGGAGCCCUCUUGCACAUCGUCAAAGGCAGUUUAGGGGCUGGACUAUUAGCUAUGCCGUUCGCUUUCAAAAAUGCCGGAUUAAUUAUGGGUACUAUUGGAUUAGUAAUCACCGGAAUUAUAGUCACACAUACAACAGCGAUGCUAAUAAACUGCUCUCAAGGAUUAUGCGAAAUAUUCAACAGAGGUUCUAUGUCGUACGCCGAUACAGCUGAGUACGCAUUUCUUCACGGCUUCAAAGGCAGAGUGAAACACCACGCGCCCAAAGCAAGAAUGAUGGCGAAUUUCUUCCUAUUCAUCACCUACUACGGUGUUAAUAUUUGCUACGUGUUGUUGAUAGCGGAAACAGCACAACAAGUUCUAGAGAAACAUACGGGAUUCCGUUUUGACAUACGAUGGUACACGUUCGCUUCGUUAUUCAUAAUAUAUCCGGUCAGCAUAAUCAGGUGGAUGAAGUUUCUGGUACCGUUCUCGGCUGCAGCCAAUUCUUUGCUCUGUAUCGGCUUGUUCAUGGUGUUUUGGGAAAUCUUCAGAAAAAUACCUCCGAUUGAUUCUGUUCCUUCAUCCAAACCGUUAGAAUUUUUGCCAAUAUUCAUUGCUACAGCUUUCUUAUCAUUGGAAGGAGUCGGAACCAUUAUGCCGGUUGAGAAUGAAAUGAAAAAUCCUAAACAUCUUACUAAUCGACCAGGACUAAUGUAUUAUGGAAUGGUAGUGGUUGUAUUGGCAAACACUGUAGUUGGAUUCUUCGGUUACCUCAGAUACGGAGACGCCAGCGAAGCUGUUAUUUCAUUAAACUUACCUGAUGACUGGUUAUCAGAAGCAGUGAAAUUAUCGAUAGCCCUUUCCAUAUUGUUCACUUUUGGUCUCCAAUUAACUGUAUCAGUUAAAGUAGUAUGGGAUGGAGUAUCAAAACCUACAGAUAGCGAUGAUAGCUGGUUUUAUUACGUUGUUCGAUCGUUAUUAAUUUUUGGUUGUGUUGGCAUAGCUACAGCUUUACCAUCUUUAAAAGGAGUGAUCGGUUUAAUUGGCUCAGUAGGAUUUUCUAUGCUUGGCAUAUUCUGUCCUGCUUUAAUAGAGCUCACGUAUUUAUCCACUAGUCAACCAGGAUUCGUACAAUGGUAUUUAAUUAAAGAUGUAACGUUAAUGGUAUUCUCGUUGUUUUGCGGAAUCGUUGGAACUUAUAGCAGUAUUUUAGAAAUAUGGUACAACCCCCAUAAAUGAUUAAAAGACUCGUGAUAAAUAAGGUGUUAUUUUUUUUCCUCUUCCAAGUCAAAUGCAUUAUUCAAAUUCCCAUACGCCGGUAACAGUAUUUUCGAGUAGAUACAUAAAAUCUAUGUAAGUUACUGCCCUUUGUGAUAUGGAUUUUCUUGGAGAAAAAUGUCCUAUACCAUUUCCUAUACAUAUAGAAGUGUUGUUUAUUGCUUCCAAGUUACCUCUACCUGUGUAUAUAAUACGUGAAAAAGGUUACGCGUGGUUAUGAAAAUAAAUCCACUGAGUAAUUCGAUUGAUUUGUAAAUGAUUUAUAAUUUAAUACAUUAAUUUAUUUUUUCGUAAUAAAUUAUCUAAGUUGCGUUUUUUAUAA